AUGGAAGAAGUUUCUUCUGAACAAGUUGAUGAAGCUGAUGUGGAGGCAGAAGUGAAGAGACUCAUGGCAGUGAGUAGCCAGGACCGGGUCAUGAAAGAUGUCCCCUCUGCCGUUAAUGCCUUCCAGAAAGCCAGCGGUCUGUUGGGGAAGAAAUACGAGGAGACAGACGGCCAGCAUGCAGAUGUUGUCUACUACUGUGAGAUGGCUCUCCUAGAGCCUGCCCGAAAGGAGGAAAAUAUCCUGGGUGACCCUCUGGAGGGAAUGCCAGAAGAUGAAGAGUCUGAGGAGCCCAGUGUCCCCAGCACUUCCAACCUUGAUGAGAAAGAGGAGGAGGGGUUAAGAAUGCAAGUAUAUGAUGCCGUGUCCGAGAAGGAUGAGAAGGCCAACAAAGGGAAUGAAGACUCCAAAGGAGACUCAAAGGCUGAAGAAGCUAAGGCCGAUGAGUUGGAGUGGGAGAAAUUCUCGGAUGUUCCAGAGACCAAAGAUAAGGCGGAAGAAGAGUCUGCCGAAGUGGGCAGAGCUACUGAAGAAGCAGAAGACUCUGAAACUGAAGCUAAAUCUGGAGUAACCCCUGUGGGGAGUAAAGAAAGAAGAGAAGUGUUAUCUGUUGAUAGAAGAAAGAAACAAAGCGAGUGUGAACACCAGAGUGGCUGA